AUGUCAGCUUCGUUGAUCAACCGUUCUUUAACCACUGUCAGGACAGAACUUGAGUUUUUGAGGGAGUCGAACGUUAUCUCGGAGGAAACGUACAACCAGAUCAACAGCAGUUUGCCUCAGAAAUACCGUCCAAAUGAGUCAGAAGAUUCCGUUGCGUCCAAAGGUGCGGAGUUUGUCGAAGCGUUGUAUCGCUUUGAUCCCCAGCAGGAUGGAGAUCUGGCUUUGAGUCCCGGCGACAAAGUGGAAGUUUUGGAAAAGUCUUCGAAUGAGUGGUUCAAGGGUAGAUGCAACGGUCGCGUCGGCAUGUUCCCUUCGAACUACGUCAAGCCGGCUUUUUCUGGCUCUGAAGCGUCUCGUCCCAGCGUGCCACCUCCACCGCAAUAUGAGCAGCAGCAGGUGCAACGCAUGGACACGCAGCAGUCUGGCGGCUCGUACCAGCAGCCACUGCCUUACCCACCUCCUUCAACUGGGUACUAUCAGCAACAGCCGGCACCACAGCCGGUGCAGCAGGUGCAGCAGGAGCAGCCACAGCAGCACCAUGCCAGCGGUCAGCUGCGGAAAUUUGGUAGUAAGUUGGGUAAUGCUGCCAUCUUCGGUGCUGGUGCCACCAUGGGUUCAGAUCUUGUUAACAGUAUCUUUUAG